AUGUCGAAAGCCAACCCUUCUAUCGCACCACCCGUUCAGCAAGAAUUUAUGGCUGAAACAGAUUUCAAAAACGAAUUUGAUCAUGUCGAGGCUGCUGACGAUUACGCCCCGACCCAAGCGGGAGAGGUCAGCCCCCUUCAUCAAGAAAUCGAAGCUCUGAAGCGUCUUUCAGAGGAGGAAUAUGCCGCUGCACACGCCAAACUUAUUCGAAAGAUCGAUGUCCGACUUCUACCUGUGUUAUUCAUCCUUUUGAUCUUAAACUAUCUCGAUCGAAACGCUUUGGCUUCAGCCAGAGUACAAGGGCUCGAGAAAGAUCUGCACUUGAAAGGUGACCAGUUCAACAUCGCAGUCUCCAUUCUAUUUGCCGGUUAUAUCUUGGGUCAAAUCCCCUCCAAUCUUAUCCUAUCUCGAGUCCGACCUUCGAUUUAUCUCUCCGUGUGGGUGGCAUUGUGGGGUAUUGUAUCUGCAUGUACAGCUGCUGCGGACAAUUACAAUCAUCUGCUUGUUAUUCGAUUCUUCCUGGGUGUGACCGAAUCUCCUUACUUCCCUGGUGCUCUUUUCCUUCUCUCAUCGUGGUACACAAAGAAAGAGCUGGCAUUCCGAACAUCGAUCCUCUAUACCGGCUCACUUCUUUCAGGAGCUUUCUCAGGGCUCAUCAGUGCGGGUAUCCAGAAAGGCCUAAACGGUGUCGCUGGACUUUCCUCUUGGCGAUGGAUGUUCAUCCUUGAAGGUGCUGUAACAGUCGCAGCUGCCAUUGGUUCCGCUUUUAUUCUUCCCGACUACCCUGCCACUACAAGGUGGUUGACCAGCCGUGAAAAGGCGAUCGCCGUGUAUCGAUUGGAGAAGGACGCUGGUGUACGAGAUGAAGAGACGAUGACUCUUUUCCAAAGUUUCAAAGCCGCUGCCAUGGAUUACAAGUUGUACCUUCUCGCUAUCAUCAUCAUCACCAAGACCACUGCUGGAGCCGUCACUCAAUUCAUUCCCACCGUGGUCGCCACUUUCGGAAUGUCCAAGGUCAACACCCUCUUGCUCACUGCGCCCCCUUACCUCUUCGCUGCUUUCCUUGCGCUCAUAAUAUCAUAUACAUCUGAUAAAAAGCCAGAGAGAUGUUUCCACCUGCUCACUCCCAUUGUUUUCGGUAUGGUUGGAUUCAUCAUCGCUACAACAACCACAAAGACGGCUCCACGAUACUUCUCUCUGUUCCUGAUGAUCGGAGGAAUGUUUGGUUCUUACAAUGUCGCUCUCGCUUGGAUCUCUUCGACUUUCGCUAGACCUCGUGCCAAGAGAGCUGCAGCUUAUGCUACGAUCAAUUCUUUGGGUAACGUAGCUCAAAUCUGGUCACCGUAUCUUUACAAAUCUACCACUGCUCCAUCAUACCACCUUGCUUUCACUGUCAACACCGUUAUGGCUGGUGUCGCCGUUCUCUUCUGCCUUGUUUUGAGAUGGUGUUUACAACGCGAAAAUGCUCGAAUGGAUAAAUCAGAGGCCGAAGAAGCCGACACAGAAAGAGGCGCUAUCGCACAAGAUCGUAUCAGAUAUGUGCUAUAA